UGGUGUUUGUGCCGCGGGCGGCGACGGUCGCGGCAGAAGCAGCUGAGUGUCUCCGGGUACCCGGAUGUGAGCGCCCGCGGGCUCCGGGCGGACGCCGGCCGUGCAGCUGGGAGGUUCUUGCUCUGUAACCCAGGCCUCCCAACUGCUGCGAUUACAGGUUUCCAAGUAUACUGAAGUAAUUAGAAACAUCCCUUAGAGGCGUCAUCAACAAACUUGAAAAGGCGCUGUGUAAUGUGUUAAGAAGUUAUAAGGAAUGGUUUUAUCAGAUUAUCUUGAGUUAUGGUGGCUGAAACAUCAGUUCUGUCUUGUGGGAAAAGAACUAAAUGGCAGCACAAAAGGAAAUCUAUAUUAAUAGAGUACUUUACUAAACGAAGGAGAUUAAAUAGAAGCCAGAAACCAACAAACUUGGCAAACAAGGAAAGAAGCUUGUUAGCCAUAAGACAUGUUACAAAUGUAUCAGCGUCCAGUAGCUGUAGCCUUCAGAAGAAAAAAGUUGUCAGAAAUUUUGUCAAAGCAGACAGGUCAGUGAUAAAUAAUUCCUAGUAAUAGGGUUAGGCCUGAAACUAAAAUAAUUAGAACAAAUUGGAUCUGAAUGAAGUUUAUUUUAAUAAAAAAUAAAAACUUCUGAAAAUAAUAAAUUAGAAUUAAUUUGUUCAGCGUUCCAUUUCCCUGUUCAACAGAGAACAAAUAUCUUUCACCUUUCUUGCCAGCUUUUCUCAUAUCUUAGGAAUUUCAGAGAGCAACCUUACUUGAAACACCUGGUAUUUCUGUUGGAAAUGUACAUCAGUAUAAGUUAAAGUCGAUAUUUAAGAUCUGCUCUUUAGUAAUAGUACUAAAUUCCUAAGUACUUAGAUCUGCACCUACCUGGACACAGUUCUCAAAAAGGCCUCAGAAAGGAAGACAUUACUCAGGAAUAAUGUCCAUUCAGGAGAAAUCAAAAGAAAAUUCCUCCAAAGUUACUAAAGAAAUUGAAGAUGAGAAUUUAGAACUAGAAAUUGAAGGUUCUCAAAACAGUCUAGUAAAGAAACCAGGUUCCAAGGAAGCUGUCAAGGCACUGGUUAGAUCUUCCAACAAGAGUAAAGUAAAUCAACCUGAAUUGGGAACACGAAUGAGUACAAGGUCAGCAUCCGCAGCUGAUAAAAACACGACUAAAUCCAUUAAUAAAAAUAUGGUAAUUGUGAAGGGACAAUCACAAGAAUCUACAAAAAAGAGGAGAUUAUGUCAAGAAAAAUUAGCACUUGGAACUGUCAAAGGAAAUGAACAACUCACCCGGAGAUCACAAAGACUGCAGCAGUUAACAGAGUGGUCAACCAGGUCUUUGCGCAGUACAGGGGUUCAGAGGCACACGCAAGCAGGGAAACAGACUUUGCGACCAGCAAGAAGAGAGCAGUGCAACAACAGCACUCAGAAUAGAUCUGAUAAAGUCAUAGCAAGUCAGAAGCGUGUGAAAAGAAAAGGGCUGGAAAUAGAGUCUGAUUGUAAGGAGGACAUAAAUUCAGUUACGAAUGAAGUAAUACAUUCUCCCAAAGGAAAGAAGCGCAAAGUACAGCCUCAGACAGCUUAUACUUGUAGUUCUCAGUGCAUCCAAGUGUCUGAAAAGUGUUGCCAAAAGACUGUUAGAAAAGAAGAAUCAAAACCUGUGCCUGUAACUUCAGAGGUUAGAAAAUUCAAAGCAGCUACUUCAGAGGUCUCUAAAAAGAAUGAACCGAGGAAAUCAGCUCACACACAAGUGAAUACUAGCACAAAAGUCCCUGAUAUUCCACAACCAUUAGUGCCUGAACAAAGUAUUGAUCAUGAAUUGGAGCAAGCUGGAAAGAAUAAACGAGGUAGCAUUCUCCAACUUUGUGAAGAAAUUGCUGGUGAAAUUGAAUCAGAUACUGUGGAGGUAAAAAAGGAAUCGUCACACAUGGAAAGGAUAAAUGAGGAGAAGCCUACAGAAGUCACAUCGGAAGGGGCUGAUAUUGAAAGACAAAUGCUCCCUCAGAAAGAAACAAACCAGAACAUGCAGUGUAACCGUUUCUUUCCCAGUAGGAAAACAAAGCCUGUGAAAUGCAUACUAAAUGGAAUAAAUAGCUCAACGAAGAGGAACUCCAACUGGACUAAAAUUAAACUCUCAAAAUUUAACUCUGUGCAGCACCAUAAGUUGGACUCUCAAGUAUCUCCUACAUUGGGCUUACUACGAACUGGUUUUUCACCAGCAGUCUUAGAAAUGCCUCACUCAGUGUCUCAGAAUAGGUUCUUAGAUAUGAAACCACAUAGUAAUGUAACUUGCCAACAGGAUAAAAUGGAAGGAAGGAAAUCUGAAGAAGUUAAAAUUAAUAAUAUCGCAAUUGAAAUUAAUAAAGCCAUGAAGAGGGCUCCUGGAAAUUGUCAUUUGGAUAAUCAUAUUAAACCCUCUCCUGAUUCACCAUUGGAUAAUCAGAUGAAACAUUCUUGUGAGUCAGCACCAAAUAAGAAUUUCAGCUUAUGUUCGGUAUCUAAGGUGGAGAAGAACUCAUUAGAAGACACUGCUGCUUCAACUCUUCCCACUCAAGCAAAGAUUGAUGGAGAUAGAAAAUUUCCAGGCUCAGCUUCUAAGCAGCCCCAUAGUAAUGAAGUGUCCAUCAGUAAUGAAGCAUCCAUCAAUAGCAAGCACAGAGAUAUACCAUCAAAUCAUUCUCAGCUAAAGUAUAAUUCUCAUUUGGAGAUAACAAUUCCAAAGGCCUUGAGACUGAAAGAAUCCGAGAAAGUGGAUGAAAAACAACUGAUCAUAGAUGCUGGACACAAAAGAUUUGGAGCAGUGUCCUGUAAUGUCUGUGGAAUGCUUUAUACAGCUUCAAAUCCAGAAGAUGAAACCCAGCACCUCCUUUUCCACAACCAGUUUAUAAGUGCUGUAAAGUAUGUGGUUGAUGAAAUUAGAGAGAUGGUUGACAACGAUUUGGGUUUCCAACAGGCUCCAUUAAUGUGCUAUUCCAGAACUAAAACUCUUCUCUUUAUUUCUAAUGACAAAAAAGUAGUCGGUUGCUUGAUUGCAGAACACAUCCAGUGGGGCUAUCGAGUUAUAGAAGAGAAACUUCCAGUUAUCAGGUCAGAAGAAGAAAAGGUUCGGUUUGAAAGACAAAAAGCCUGGUGCUGCUCAACAUUGCCAGAGCCUGCAAUCUGUGGGAUCAGUCGAAUAUGGGUGUUUAGCAUGAUGCGGCGGAAGAAAAUAGCUUCUCGCAUGAUUGAAUGCCUAAGGAGUAACUUUAUUUAUGGCUCAUAUUUGAGUAAAGAAGAAAUUGCUUUCUCAGAUCCCACUCCUGAUGGAAAGUUGUUUGCAACACAGUACUGUGGCACUGGUCAGUUUCUGGUCUAUAAUUUUAUUAAUGGACAGAAUACCACCUAAUCCAGAUGUUGCCUAAUGUACCAGAAGACAUCUUUUGAAGAGAAAGAAUUGGUUGCUGACUUUAACCAGGAACUAGGGCCAUUUUUAUUACAAAUGAACUCAGGACUGGAAACAACCAUAUGGUUGUUCCAUUUUCAUAAAAUUGGAAACAAUGCAGUAAUAGCUUAUUAUUGUUUUGUUUUUUUAAAGAAGAUAUUUUAUUAUCUUUUACAGAAAUUUAUGAUUGUAUUUUAUCUAUAGUUAUUUAGACAUGUUUACAUGCAGCAGAUAAUUGUUCAUAGUGGACUGAAAAUUAAUGCAAGGACUAUGGUCUCAGUGAUAAGUAUAUUUUGAAGUUCUUAAUAUGGAAAUAUACCAGUGUAGCUUGGUACUGUAUUUUUUUAUAUUGAUCUGCUGAUACCAGUUAUAUGUUUAAAGAUUGUAUUUUCAGAGUGGAAACUAAUGUUUUUUGAGUUAUUAUUCAAGAACAGUACAGUAUUACGUGCUUGAGAAUUUGAAGCUACUAAACUAUACUAAGAAAAUUCCUCAAAAAAGGAGAGCUUCAAGUGAAAUAACUUGCAAUAGAGUCUCCAUUGCUUACUUCUCUGUCCCCGGCGGUGGCAGUGGGAAGCUCUCAUGUGGCGCCAUAAAUGACUAGAGUCGCAAAGAACUACAGAAUAGUUGUAAACUCAAUGUGGGUGGUCGGUGUCUACGCUGUUAUUUCCUCAGAAAUACUGCACUGAGUAUACGCCCUCAUUACUGGACUUCAUUUUGAUACUUGUCUAUCUUUCAUAGUGCCCUCUACUUUUAAAGGGUUUAUAUGUUGAAAAACUGCUGUGGCCUUUUAUGACCUGUAUAUAAUGUAGAAUAAAAUAAUAAAAUACUUGAUACCUUU